AUGAAUUGGACUCGUAUUAUUGUCAAAACCCGUGAAAUGGUUGCAUCAAUCAUGUCCAAGUAUGAUGCAUCUCAUGAUUUUAAUCAUGUGGAAAGAGUUGUCAAUUUAGCCAAACACAUUGCUAAAUGUGAAAAUGUAAUUGAUGAAGAUAAAUUACAAGUUAUUGAAUUGGCUGCCUAUUUGCAUGAUGUUCACGAUCAUAAAUAUGUUGAAAAAUCCGAUACUGCAUUGACACCAAAGAGAGCCAUCGAAGAACAUUUAUCAUCACUCGAAGUUCCAAAUCAAUUAAUUGAAAGAGUUCAAUUUGUUGUUGAUAAUAUUUCAUUCUCAAAGGAAGUUAAACGAUUGAAGGAGAAUACAGUAUUGGACAUUAAUGAAUUACCAAUUGAAUUGAAGGUUGUUCAAGAUAGUGAUCGAUUGGAUGCCAUUGGAGCUGUUGGAGUUGCUCGUUGUCUUGUUUUUAGUGGAUCUAAGGGAAGAGCAAUUUAUCUCAAUGAACCUACAAGUCAAUUCAAAUCACCUUCUGAAAUGGUUGAUUGGAAAAUUACGGAAACACCAAAACCAACUGUUUCUACCACUGACGAUUCUGCCAUUCAACAUUUCUAUGAUAAAUUAUUCCACUUGGAGUCAAUGAUGAAAACAGAAACUGGAAAGAAAUUGGCAAAGAAGAGAGUUGAUCAUAUGAGAGUUUUUGUUGAGGAUUUAUAUGAUGAAAUUUAUUUUGAAGCAUUGGAAAGUAAUCUUCAUUAA